AUGUUUGAAUCAACCGGUUGGACGCUCGAAGAGUCCGAGGCGCCUGAUCACUCUAAUUACGAGGUCAUAACACCUACAAUCGUCAAACCAAAGAAGUCUGCCAACAUCAACGUAGAUGAUAUACACAUGCCCUUAGAAGUGGGUAUAGCACAACAGUAUCAGUUCGUGUCGUCAUUACAACGUGCCUCUGUAGUGGUACAUAUGCGUGGUGAAGAUGUACUAAGAGUUUAUACUAAAGGAGCCCCUGAGAUGCUCAGAACACUAUGCAAACCGAACACUGUGCCGGAGAACUUGAACGAGGUGUUGAACUCUUAUGCGGAGAAGGGAUAUCGAGUUAUCGCUCUAGCUACCAGAAUCAUGGAGACAUCUUACAAGGAUCUGAUGAAGAUGACCAGGGAUGAGGUGGAACGUGAUUUGGAGUUUAUCGGUUUAGUUAUAAUGGAGAAUCGUUUGAAACCAGCCACUACUGGUAUCAUAAGGGAGUUGAAAGAGGCUAACAUACACGUCGCCAUGAUUACGGGUGACAACAUCCAUACAGCCGUGAGUGUGGCUAAAGAAUGUGGUAUACUCGUCAGCGGGGAGAGAGUAGUGCACAUGACCGUUGAUCAUAAUCACAACAUACCUGUUAUAUACUGCGAGAGCACCGUUCAGGGGGUGAGUAAAAAAAGUAUUUUUAAAAUGUACCUGUAA